AUGGCAGCAAAACUAGCAUACUGCACAGACACGGAGAAAUCUGUCGUGGUAAACAAUUUCGAGAAGAGGGGCUGGUAUCCCGUCGGACCUGACGAUGAGUGGAAUUUCUACUGGGCAGGGCCGCAGACCUGCAGAGCUCUUUUCUCUGUCGACAGCGGCUAUCGCAUGUUUGACACCCAGAUCAUCAGUCACUUUCCAAAUCACUUCGAGUUGACGCGGAAAGAUUUGCUGGUGAAGAACGUGAAGAGAUACCGAAGGGAUUUGGAGAGGGAAGGAAAUCCCUUGGCCGAAAAAACGAGGGAAGGGAAAUACCUUCACCUGGACUUCAUCCCUGUCACCUUCAUGCUUCCCUCUGAUUAUAACAUGUUUGUCGAGGAAUUCCGCAAGAACCCAUCGAGCACUUGGAUCGUGAAACCUGGAGGGAAGUCGCAAGGUGUGGGGAUAUUCCUCAUCAACAAGUUGUCGCAGAUCAAAAAGUGGUCUCGAGACAGCAAGAGCCCGAAUUUCAAUCCGGGAAAUGUGAAGGAGAGUUACGUGAUCUCCCGAUACAUCGAUAAUCCUUUGUUGAUCGGAGGGAAGAAGUUCGAUCUCCGCCUGUACGUUCUCGUCACGUCUUAUCGUCCUCUGAAGGCCUACCUGUUCCGUCAGGGAUUCUGUCGAUUCUGCACUCUAAAAUACGAUUCUUCUCUGGAUGAACUGGACAACAUGUUUGUCCAUCUCACGAACGUUGCCAUCCAGAAACAAGGCGAGGAAUACAACAGCAUCCACGGGGGCAAGUGGACGGUGGGGAACCUGCUCUUGUAUUUGGAAGGAACGCGAGGGAAGGAAGUUUCUGGGAAACUCAUGGAUGACAUUAUUUGGCUCACCGUUCAUUCCCUGAAGGCCGUAGCACCCAUCAUCGUCAACGACCGACACUGCUUCGAAUGCUAUGGCUACGACAUCAUCAUCGACGAAAAUCUCAAACCCUGGCUCAUCGAGGUGAACGCAUCUCCGUCGUUGACUUCAACGACUGCUAAUGACAGAAUUAUGAAGUCCAAACUGAUCGACAACGUCAUCGACGUUGUUCUUCCCAACUCAGGCGUUCCUGAUGCAUCUCCUUCUUCCAUCAUGGAUAAAGAGAACAAUUCACCCCAACUCACGUCCAGUGAUUCUACCACUCCAGUCCAUCAAUACGUGGGGCCUUAUCGAUUGGAGAAGACUCUGGGGAAGGGGCAGACCGGGCUGGUGAGGUUGGGCGCACAUUGCGUGGCUGGGAAAAAGGUCGCCAUCAAGAUCGUGAACCGAGAAAAGCUUAGCGAAUCCGUCCUUCAAAAAGUGGAGAGAGAGAUUGCGAUCAUGAAGUUGAUCGAACAUCCUCACGUCCUUGGCCUCUACGAUGUCUACGAGAACAAAAAAUACCUGUACCUGAUCUUGGAACACGUGAGCGGGGGUGAGCUCUUUGAUUACUUAGUGAAGAAAGGGAGGCUGACGCCGAAGGAAGCUCGACGGUUCUUCCGGCAAAUUAUCUCCGCCUUGGACUUCUGCCAUUCCCACUCCAUCUGCCACCGGGACUUGAAGCCAGAGAACUUGCUCCUGGACGAGAAGAACAACAUCAAGAUAGCGGAUUUCGGGAUGGCAUCUCUUCAGCCAGAUGGCUUCAUGCUGGAGACCUCUUGCGGAUCACCUCACUAUGCAUGCCCCGAAGUCAUACGGGGAGAGAGGUACGACGGGAGGAAGGCAGACAUCUGGUCCUGUGGCGUGAUCCUUUAUGCCCUCUUGGUGGGAGCCUUGCCCUUCGACGACGAUAACCUUCGUCAGUUGCUGGAGAAAGUGAAACGAGGAGUGUUUCAUAUCCCUCACUUCGUCCCUCCUGACUGCCAGAGUCUCCUGCGCGGCAUGAUUCACGUCAACCCCGACAAGAGACUCACGCUGAGCGAGAUCAAAAGGCAUCCGUGGGUGGUGGCCGGAGGGAAAGGGGAAUUGGAGAGCGAAUUGCCUAUGAUGCAGGUGGUGCAGACUCACAUCAUUCCAUGUCGGGAUGCUUUGGAUCCAGAUAUCCUUCAAAUGAUCACCUCCCUUGGGUGCUUCAAGGACCGCGAGAAACUCGUCUCGGAGCUCCUCGGACCAUACCACAACACGGAGAAGGUGAUCUACUUCCUGUUGUUGGACCGGAAGCAAAGGAAACCGGCUUUGGAUGACGGAGAGGAGAACGGAAAAGGAAGGAGACGAGGAGGAUCCGGUGGGGAUCUGAAUCCUGGAUCCGGAUCCGCCCUGGAUCCACCUAAGAAAAGAGUGGAUUGUAAACUGAAUGGCGGUUCUCCCAUGCACUUCGAACAACUCAGUGAAGGCUCCCCUGUCAUAACUCGAAGACAUUUCAAUCGGAAAGGGGGAGGAGGAAGUCAUUCCGUCUCCAGCCCAGGUUCUUCGCCUCUCUCCAGUCCAAAAUUGAGCCCACGUGGGUCAGCGCUGAACAAUCUCCUCCACCCAUCGCCCCUUGGGUCGGGUUCUGGCUCUGACCCCGUUCGCACGCCGCCUGGAUCCCCCCAGUUGUCUCAGGUGUGGAAAUCUCGGCUGACGAACCUAAAGAACACGUUCCUUGGAUCCCCGCGUUUCCACAGGAGGAAACUCCAACCGACGGGAGGCGAGGAGGCGCAACAUCUCACUCCAGAUACGUCGCCGGAGUUGGCCAAGCGUUCGUGGUUGGGUGCUCUCUUGGCCGGGGGUGAAAGGGAUGAGAAUUACACCGUGGUCGUCCGGGAUCGCACGUCUGCUCAAUUGAAAGCUGACCUCAUCCAUGCCUUCCUCUCCAUAGCGGAGCUGUCGCACAGCGUGACAAGUCCGAUGUCUUUCCGGGUGGAAUACAAGAGGGCAUCGAGCGGGCCGGUGAUAUUCCAGAGACACGUCCGAUUCCAGGUUGAAAUGUCCCAGGUCACACCGACCAAUGGGGAUCCCAACAUCUCCAUCUUUGCCGUCAACUUCAUCCUCCAUUCCGGGAACCUGAGGAGAUUCCGUCGCUUGUGUGAGCACAUCCAGAGUCACUUGAGUCGACGAGUUGGGCCCACAAAAGGGAUUCCCCCGUCCCCGCGAGCCCAGAGGAAAGGACGGCCACGUGAACCUCCUUCUUCCAGGGGACUGGGAAAAGGGACAGGGAGAGGGACAGGAAGCGAACUCUCCGAAAGCUCCUCGUGCGGCUCGGACACGUCGGAAAGACUCCGUCUCUCUCCUUCACCUUCCCCAUCCCAUUCCAAUACAAAGCCUCGAUAUACCUCCCAGACGGAAACGGAGGGCGAGAGCGACGCUUCGGGGACUGGGAAAGCCAACAACGGUGUGAAAAACCACAAUCAUAGGGAGAAUCAAGGUCAAGGUCAGGGUGGGGGUGAGGGUAAAGGGAUGGCGAAUGGGACCAAAACUGCGGGCCCCGCAUAG